AUGCGACCUCGCAAACUACGACAUCGGCCUUCGGAUGAGCUCGUUGAUAUUCGAGAGAGAGGACUUCCCUGGCUCUUCUCCGUAUUCGUCGUCUUAUUCCUUCUACUAACGAUUCUUUUAUUCUAUUUUAUCUUCACCACUCGAGACGUCUACCUAUCUCAAAAACAUGCUCUAGAAGAAGAAGAAGGCAAGAAAAAGGAGGCGGCGUCGUUGGUGAAAGAAGAAAGUGAAGAGGACGAUGAAACGUGGAAAGAGCAGACGAGAAGGAAAGGAAAAGGCAAAACUCAAAGCAAUGAGAAUGUUCAUGUAGAUAUAGUUCCGAUUGUAAGCCGAAAGACUGGAGAACCAGAUAAGCCAUCCAUACUGACCACCAAUGCCACAAUACUAGUGCUUCUGAACUCGACCAAUGCUCCUGUAACAACCAAAGCUUCACCUACGAAACAUACAACCACCGAAGAGCCAACCACAACUUCCACCACUACACCUCCUCCUACAACUACUACAACGCCAUUGACCACGACCACGACUACAGAGAAGCCGACCACAACUACUCCAACCACUACCACAACUUCAACCACUACCACCACCACUACCACCACCACCACUACGACAACUACCACGACAGAAGCACCGACGACGACUACAAGUGUAGUGACAACGCAGCCUAUGAUACUCGAAGAAGCUACGACUACACCUGAUGAGUACUUGGAUUCAGAUGAAUUGACCCAGGCAUCAGCGUCAGAGGAGUCUGAUGAGAUGACAGACUUAACUUUGGAGCUGGAGGAGGAUAUAGGAGAUGUGCAGGUGGAAGAGUAUGAGGAGACAACGAUGGCUCCGACGACGACUACAACACCAGAACCAACCAUGACACCUUCUGUAGACCCUAUCGUCACUUCUUCUCCAGACCUACUUACCACUCCGGAACCGAGAAACCUUACGAGAAUCAUAUGGGAUCGUCGUCCAGUGAGAAGCAGAUCAGAGAAAUUCUCCAAGUUCGCUAUUAUCACUCAUCAUCAGGAAUGUAGUGACAUUGGAAAAAAAAUUUACGAAUCUGGUGGUAACGCUAUCGACGCAACCAUCGCUUCAGAAUUCUGUAUCUCUGCAGUUCAUCCACAUUCAACUGGACCUGGAUUUGGCGCCGUCAUGUUGGUGCAUUCCAAAAAGAAGAACGGAACAUUUGUGAUAGACGGAAGGGAGCGUGCACCCAAAACUGCUAACCAGAACACCUUUGUAAUCAACCCAACAAUUGCUCACAUUGGAUAUUCUUCAAUGGGAGUCCCUGGAUGGAUAUCUACUCUUUGGACAGCCUAUAAACAGUUUGGAAGUGGAAAAGUCUCAUGGAAAUCGCUGAUAGAGCCAACUCUCGAACUAUCGAAAAGUGGCAGAAUUCGAGUGGAUAGAGUACUCUCACAAGCUUUUGAUUCCAGAAAAAAUCAUGUUCUCCAUGAAAGAAGUUUCGGGAACUUUUUGAAUCAGACUUCAAGAGAAGGCGUCGUGCUUCGGAAUCUGGAAUAUGAAGAUUUUCUGAAACAACUCAAAGAAUCAGUACAUGCGGAACAUGAUUUCUAUGGAGGACAUUUUUCGAAGACUAUAGUUGAUGAGAUGAAAAGUAGAGGAGGACUGAUAUCGAGACACGACUUGGAGACCUACAAUUGCAUUGUGACAAGAGCCGAGACGUUGAAAGUGGGAGAUCAGUUUGUAGCCGGGCCCCAUCUACCGUACCACUUUCCGAUUCUAAAGAAGGUCUUCCAGAACAUCACAGAUUCCUACUCUUCCAACCCUGAAAGCAUCCUGGAGUACUAUACCGAUUUUGUGAGACUUCUUCAAAAAGCCAAUCAAAUGAAGUCUUUCGUUGGUGAUGAUCUAUUCGAACCUGAAGUCAAGCCGAAAAUAGAAGAAUGGAUAACGCCUCCAGAGUUCAAACCAGGAGAGCAAGUAGAAUCACAACAACAACAAAGAAAACAGGUUCCAUUCUCUCGAAUUGUGAGCACUGAUGAGGAAGGCAACGCUGUAAAUUUCAUGUCAACUAGUGGAGUUUCCUGGGGUUCAGUACGACGAAGUGCCACACUGGGAUUUGUCUGGAACAACGCGAUGAGCUCAUUUGACGUCUUCUGUAAACAUGAAACGAAUUGUGUACGCGGAGGAAAACGGCCAAGUGUGACGAAUGGGUUUCCAACGAUUCUCUUGAGUUCUGAAAAGCUACCACAGCUUCUGAUAUCGCCCACUGCGAACCCGUUGGAGACAACAGCAGCGAUGGUAUUGCAGGCAACUGUCAUGAAUAUGCUCCCUCUGAUUUCGCUGGACCAUCCCCGAAUCUAUCCCCAAUCCAUUGACCAAGUAAUCGUGGAAACUGGUAUUCCCGAACAACUCUACCGUACCCUCUGGACAGAUUUUCGUGCUCAAUUCACUCAUCCAACCAGUCCAAUUACUCUCCUGCAUCUGGAUCCGACUGCUGCUGAAAACUCAAAAGUGGAAGCUCUCUGUGACUAUCGCCAAAACACCAAAAUCUGCUAUCCAAGUGGUACUUGA